GGAAGGAACAAGUGAGGGCCCACCAAUUCAAUCUUAUUCUUAGCCGAAUCAAAAUACAAUUCAUUCUCUUCUUUAUUCCUUAUCAGGUUUAUAAAGAAAAUUCUUAUUUUCUCCGCAAAAUUAUUGUCAUAUAAAUAGCAGCAGUCUGUAGUUCUUCAGAAUCUCUCAUGUUAAUGCACACUUCCAACCCACUUGCACCGCCUGUGUUCCUUGCUUUUCUUCAAAAUAAAAAUACCUUACUUUUUUUAUUUCCUUCUCUCCGCGGAAAAAAAUAAAAAGUAAAAUUCCAGUUUCAGCAGAGAGAGUAGUACAAUCUUUCGAAUUCUGAAAAGCCCUUUUCCGAAUUUGGGGAUCAGAGGAUCUGUGGGGGAGUGUUUUUAGAAACUUUCGUGCGCUUGAAAUUUGAGAGUAAAGAGUGGCAGAAUGGAAAAAUACGAACUUGUGAAAGAUAUAGGGUCUGGAAAUUUCGGCGUGGCCCGGCUUAUGAGGAAUAAGGAGACUAAAGAGCUGGUCGCCAUGAAAUACAUUGAAAGAGGGCACAAGAUCGAUGAAAAUGUGGCUAGGGAGAUCAUAAACCAUAGAUCACUUCGGCAUCCUAAUAUAAUUCGGUUCAAAGAGGUGGAGAGCUCUUUGAGAGGAUUUGCAACGCUGGACGGUUUAGUGAAGAUGAGGUACUUCUUCCAGCAGCUCAUUUCUGGCGUCAGCUACUGCCAUUCCAUGCAAAUAUGCCAUCGUGACUUGAAACUGGAGAAUACUCUUCUGGACGGAAGCCCGGCCCCACGCCUGAAAAUAUGCGAUUUUGGUUACUCAAAGGUCGUGCACAAUAGAGAAAGGAUAUUUAGGCCCAAAUCAACAGUCGGCACACCUGCAUAUAUUGCUCCCGAGGUUCUAUCUCGGAGAGAAUAUGAUGGAAAGUUAGCUGAUGUUUGGUCAUGCGGUGUGACACUUUAUGUUAUGCUGGUCGGUGCAUAUCCUUUUGAAGAUCAAGAGGAUCCAAAGAACUUUAGGAAAACCAUCCAAAGGAUAAUGACUGUUCAAUACAAGUUUCCCGAUUAUGUUCACAUAUCCCAAGAUUGUAGGCACCUCCUCUCUCGCAUAUUUAUGGCCAAUUCAUCCCGGAGGAUUACAAUCAAAGAUAUAAAAUCACACCCGUGGUUUCUCAAGAAUCUACCCCGCGAAUUAACCGAUAUGGCCCAAGCACAGUACUACCGAAAGGAAAAUCCCACGUUUUCCCUCCAAACUGUGGAGGAGAUUAUGAAAAUCGUGGAGGAGGCCAAAACCCCUCCUCCAGUCUCCCGCUCGGUUGGAGGCUUCGGGUGGGGAGGGGAAGAGGAUGAGGAGAAAGAGGAUGUUGCAGAGGAUGAGGUGGACGAGGAAGAGGAUGACGAGGAUGAGUACGAUAAGCAAGUUAAGGCAGCUCAUGCGAGUGGGGAAGUUCGUCUCACUUGAAGGGGGGAAAAAAAUAUUUUCUUGCCUGCGUGUAAAGUUUAUGAACUUCAUUUGAUGCUUUGGUGGUGGUGUUAGAACUUCUUGGUGUGUAAAUUCUUAGUGAUGGUUAUGGGAGACUUUUGGGAGUGUGUGUUUAUGUGGAAAAAUCUGAGUUAAGUCUUAGUAGUUUGAGGUUUUGUCCGGAGGUUGUGUUUUUCUGGGUCGAACUCUGCCGUGUUCAUUUGAAUGUGAAUUUGAAGUUUAUGUGCCUUCUCAGCUUGUGUGGUUUGGAGUGCCUGAUUUUCAUUUUGCAAGUGAUGAUGUGAGUUCAUAACAAGACAAAAUGGUUGGACUGUGAAGUAUAUAAGUCUUGAUGUUGUUUUAGCUGCAUUCCACGUUUGUUUUGUUGUCGGCAACACAUCAUUUCACGAGAGAUCUUUUCAUGUAUGCAUCAACCAUUUGUGCCAUAUGUACAUAAUUAUAGAUAAAAAAAUAUAUGAAAUGGAUCAACUGAUAUUUUUUUAUUUUUU